UGACUGGUGAUAUUUCUUCCGGAUAAAACUCUUGUAUAAAUAAUCCUUCCCCACAUAAAUUAACAGACGAAAAAGAGUUGCAUUUCCCAAACCUUCAAACCAACUGACGGAACAAGAAGAGCCAACACCUUCUCCAUUAUUUGUUUAAAGGUUAGUAAUUAAAUACUCAUUAUUAUUUAUAUUUAGAUACUAUUAGUACUAUUAAUGUGUGUACACAGAUUACUUAAAUUAGUAAUUUUUUUAAAAUGAACAAAUGUAUAUAUAUUUUUUUUAUUACAUCACUAGUAAUCAUUGUAGAUAAAUAAGUUUGAUAUUUCUAUAAAAAGUAAGUGAAUAGAAACAAUGACAUACGAAUAUUAACAUAUCUAAGUUAAUAGUCUUACAAAUUAUUAGUUGGUAUAAGUUACUCCUUCCGUAUUAAAAUAAGUGCCUCAUUUCCAGGGGCAGACCGUAGUACAGACCCAGGGGGUUGCCGCCCCCCAACAAUUUUUUUUUAGUAUAUAUAUACACAAAAUUUUUAUUUUUACCCCCCAACAUUUAAUUCUCGCCCCUCCAAGAAAAAUUUUGAACCCCCCCAAAAAAUAUUUUCUCCCCCAAAGCAUAGCCCACUCGCAGAAACCCAAUUGUUUAAGAGUCAAAGAAAUAGAAAUUUUACAAGUAAUAUUAUAUCAACUCACUCCAAAAUUUAUUCCCCAUUAACUCACCCCAAAAUCUAAUCCCAGCCCACCGCCCAGACCAAACUAAUGAAAAACAUGCGCACCUAGAAGAAAGAAACGGAAAGAUCGAUUAUUUUUAAAUGAUUGUCCUUAUGGCUACUAUGUUCAUUGCUUAGCACAUCAGUUGCAAUUAGCAUUGGUUGCUGCUUCUAGAGAGGUGAAAUAUGUGCACAAUUUUUUCAUCGAUUCAGUCUUUAUUAUUAAUGUGACUAAUUCUUCUUGCAAACGAAGUGAUGAAUUAAAGGAAGCUCAAACACUUGAAAUUGCAAGAAUGUUGGAAAUUGGUGAGCUUGAAACAGAAGAAGUGCCAAGACAUAGUAAAUGUUAUGCAUUUGGUGUCAAGUACCAAAAUGUUGAUCCAAAAGUUAAGGGUGGAUGGGAUAACUUCUUAGAAAUUGUUAAAGAGUUUUGCACAAAGCAUGAAAUUGAAGUUCCUAAUAUGAAGUCUCCUUAUGCGGUAAAACGCAAACGCCAUGAUCAAGAAGGGUUUGAUAUUGAACGUCACUAUCGGGUUGAUAUGUUUUACGCAGCCAUAUAUUCAUAAUUGUUGGAGCUGAAUAGCAAAUUCGGUGAACAGAUAAUGGAUCUUCUUGCUCUUAGUGGUGCUUUGGAUCCUAAGGACUCAUAUAAGUCUUUUAACAUUGAUGAUAUCUGUUCUUUACUGGAUAAAUAUUACCCCUUUGAUUUUAUUGAGCAGGAGAAGGUGAGCUUGAGGUUUCAAUUGCAACAUUAUAAGCUCAAUGUUCUAAACCAUCCAAAGUUGGCGAAUUUUUCUACAAUGGGUGAACUUUGUCAAAGAUUAGCGGAGACGGGGAUGUCAAAAGUGUACUUUCUUAGCUUGUUGAUAAAUUGAUCCGACUUUUGUUGACUCUACCGGUUUCGACAGCAACAACCGAAAGAACUUUUUCCGCAAUGAAAAUUAUAAAAACAAGGCUUCGCAAUAAAAUGGAGGAUGAGUAUGUUGCAGACAAGCUUAUUGUUUAUAUUGAAAGAGAAAUUGCUAAAACUUUUGACUAAAAAGCCGUGAUUGAGGAAUUUAUCUCGUUGAAGAAGCGUUGGGUACAAUUCUAAGAGAUGGUGUGUGUUGCAUCAAUGUCGUGGCCCAUACACGAUGAACAGUCGUGGAUCUAUUUUGUGCAAAUAGCUUUGAACAUGUAUGACCGAUUGGAGCUAUUCAUUGAUGCAAACAAUACGGAUGUGGUUAUUCCAUUGCAUGAAGUCCCUUAUAGGCGGCGGCGCAACCGGGAGCCAUUAGCAUCAAACCAAGGUCCUUCGAUGGUUAAUAUAUGGAGCCACCACAUGAGGACGUGGAGAAUUAAGAUGACCCCGACUACAACUAUCUUUCAUUUUUGGAAGAGGAAAGCACUUCCGAAGAUAGUGAUGAUAGUUGUGACUCAUCUUGGUUGUCCCACAUAACCAAGAGGAUCCGUUUGUGGAACCCGCAUAUCGUGUGGUACACCCAAUAAAAGUGGGAAAUAUGAUUCUAAUGACAAACUAAAAGAAGUAGCCUUUAUUCAAAACUUGAAAUAAUUCUGAGCAUUCUGGAGUGAAGCAAAACAUGUUAAAUACUGGAGGGCGAAAUGCAUCCAUGACGAGGUAUGUUCAUGGCACAUUCAAGUUUCACAAGUGAAGAAUACAAACUCGUGGAAAGUAAAGAAGUAUCAACCCCACCAUAACCGCAUUUCGGUGUCAUAGGUCAUCGCUUCUGAAAUCAAUUCUACGAUUCGCAUAAAAUCAGAGUAUAACAUUAAGCUAAGAAAUCCAUGACAUAUAGCACAAAUAUAACAUUCAUGUUGGAUAUAAGAAAGCGUGGUAUGCUCGUAAAUUUGUACCGGAGAAACGGUUCGGCAACUGGGAGACAUCAUACAAUGAUCUCCAAAAAGUCUUACAAGUAAUGGCGAAUACUAAUCCAGGGAGCAUAAUUGAUAUUCAAAGUGAUAAAACCAACACCCAAGGUACAUAUGAAUAUAAAUUUGCAUUUCGGUGAAUAAAAGCGGCAAUUGAUGGGUUCAAUCACUGCCUUCUGGUGGUGUCCAUUGAUGGGACUCACUUGUACGACAAGUACAAUGGUCAUCUCCUAGUCGCGGUGGCAAUGAAUGCCAACUGUGAAAUCUACCCUCUAGUAUUUGGUGUGGUAGACAGUGAGAAUGCUUUUAGUUGGACGUGGUUCUUACAAUUGCUUGUGACACAAAUCAUAGGGCCGCAUCGGAAUGUUUGCAUCAUCUCCGAUCAGCAUGCUGCUAUAGAUUAUGCACUUCAAAAGGUGACAAAAUUGGGAACACCGUGAAUUCAGAUAUGUUAUUGUCUUCACCACAUUAGAAGCAGUUUCAUGUCCCAAUUUAGAAGUAAACAACUAAAGAAGUUGUGUUGGCGAGUGGGAAAUACCCCAAUUGUAAGUGAAUUUCACCAUUUCAUGCAACAAAUUCGAAGUACUAACGAGAGAGCAUUCAAGUAUUUAAAUGACAUUCCCCAAGAAAGUGGACACUUUGUUUUGAUGAUGGUUGUCGUUAUGGUAUUUUAACGACAAAUCUUUUAGAAAGUUUGAACAAUACUCUUAAAGGAUGUAGGACAUUGCCAACCACUGCCCUUGUACGAACGACUUCUGACAAACUAGUUCAGCUCUUUGCACAAUGUUGUAGUGUUGGUAUGAUGUGGCAGCAAGCAUUUUCCGGACAACAUUUAGAAAAAAGAUUAUGGAGCGUUGGCACCAAAGACCACACACUAUAGUUCUUCCACACAAUCACUACACAAGAUUUUACUCAGUCGCCGUAGAAAAUGAAACACAUGUUACGGUGCAUCUAUUGAGACGUGCUUGUGAUUGCGGUUGUAGGAGGAUGAACGGCAUGUCAUGCGUCCAUGCACAUGAUGUCUGCCAUUUUCUUAAGUGCUCUAUUGAUGAACUUAUUCCUGAGGUAUACAAACUGAGUUCUUAAAUAAAUGCACAUUGCAGUGAUAUUAUGUCAUUGCCAAAUAUGAAUGAGUGGCCACAAAAUGAGUUCAUUCUUCUACCGCUCAAAUAUCCAGAACUUCUCGAGUAGGACGCCGUCAAGAAACAAGAUUUCCAAAUGAGAUGGAUAUGUGUUAAAGACGUAGAACACAACAUGAUUGAUUCAUAUUUGUACUUUGUAGUAGUGUAUUAUUUCUUUUGUUUGUAGUUUGUUUUAAUGUUGUAACACUUUUAUUAGUCAUGUGUUUUAAAUAUACCCUUAAUAUGAUAUAAACUUUG